AUUAAGGUUCAACCUUUGGUUAAAGUGCAUGCAUGGGUUAUUUACGCCUCUUGCAGUAAAUUACUCAUUGCACUCCACGAAUGCAUUAUGCAAGCGUUACUUUUUAUUUUCUCGUUUAGUAAUCAACCUUCUACCGCAGAACCAUCAAAAAGUUAGUUUUUAAGGAAUACAUCAUCAUACUAAAUUCAUUUAUUACGUGUUUCUCUUUAGUGCUCCUUUAUUAAUGCACAAAAGAUUACUAACACAACUGCUGGAAAGAAACGGCUUUGCUGGAAAUCGCGCCCUGAUUCAAGGUCGCGUUAAGUGUGUGCGUGCGUGCAUCACGUUUCCCACUAAAUGAACCUGCCUUGCGCAGUGUGCGGCUUCAUUUCUCAAAUCGCAUUGCAUUGAAAUUAUUGCUAAAACAUAAUUAGUGAGGUAGCUAAUCUUUCAGUGGUUGCGUGAUCAGCCCAGUCUCGCCAUUGUUUCCGCAGCUCGUAUUAUAUCUCAAUGUCCCGUGCGUUGGAGAUAUCGAUGUCAGCUUCGUCGCAACCUCCGGGAAAUUUGUUCUUUGAUAAGCAGCUAUGAAAUGGCGCUGAGUAAGGCCGCGCGCUUCCCGUGUUCGUCAAGCCUGAUAGAGACCGUCGCCUGUACUACUAGAGGAGAACGAACCGUCGACGGCGAAGCGCGCCUGCUGGGCGAAAGUAUCUGUCGACGAGCGAUGUCCUCCGUGCCGGUCUCCGACGAGGGCUCGUUCCUCGCAGGCACCGUCGAACUAGUGCCAUCGCUACGCGGUAAAGACAAAGCCAAGUACUUAGACCGGACGUUCACGUUGGAAUCCUGCAGCGGUCAUCGCUACCGCUGGCGCUGCGACCAGCGUCAGUGCAAGUCGAGACUCAUCACCGACUUUUACGGCGGCGAGCACAUGGUGUACAAGUUUCGGGACCACGACGAGGACACGCACCGGCUGGUGGAGAGCAAACGGAAAAGGCGUUUGGAGAUAACCUACAAGCAAAAGCCAGUCAAGAUCGGCGAUUUCCAGUACGUGUCGGAGAAGCGGAUCGGAGGCCUGAUCUUCUGGCGUUGCGUCUACGUGAGCUGCCCGGGACGAUGCCGCACCCACGACGGCCACCUGGUCAGCGGGCCCUCGGAACACCUGUGCCCGGCUCCCGCAAAAAAGGUCCAGCCAUACAUAGACGAUCAGUGCAACAACAUUUCUGGUGGUGUUGCGCAUACCAGCGAUGACUGCACGGUACUCGACUGCCGUGACGACACAGAAGGUAGCAGUCGUGACGUGGUUUCGCAUGAGCAGCAAGAGGAGGGACUCGGUCAGCCCCUGCGGAAAAGGCUGAAGCAGCAGCUAGAGAAGGAUGAUCAGGGGCGGCAGUUGGAACAGAAACAACAACCGGACAACCGAAGCAGCAGUCCAGCGACCAAUAGCGAGCCGGUCGCCCUGUCGAAGAUGGCGUUCAACCUGAAAUCACUCAUCAAAUCGGAACCGCCGUCACCAGUCGCCCCGAAAGAUACGUCCGCAGAUGGCAUCAGUAAUGUGGACGCUCUCACUGCCAAGGCUAUGCAUAGCUCUCGCUCGGAGACGCCUGAGGACAGGAGCAUGGGGGCCAUAUUCAAACCAGCUAUUAUUCGGGGUACGUCACUCAAUAAAGCUUUUACACUAGGCAUUAACUACGUACGCUUUUCCGAAGAUAACGGUGACGUCAUCGAGGAUGAUCGCUCUACUGUAAGCAACGCCAGUAGUGAUGACGAAAUCAGGAACGUCGACGAGGACGACCCGAAAGAGUCACGUGAAUGCCGUGGUUACGUAGGCAGCAAUAACGGCGAUGAAGAACCCACACGUGUGAGCGCCGGCGACGCUGAGAAAGGUGAGCCUCGUGGACGCAUCAGCGUAAAUGAAGGUCACGAUGAGCGCCCACGCAAGAUGGCCGACCGCUUUGUACGCGUGGGAAGCAACAGGACACGUGCCGGCCACCGCGAACGCAUUGCAGACUGGAUGCAGGCAACGGGUGGCUACUGCAGUAGUCGGGAAAAGGAGCUGCGGGAAGAUAUGCUUCUGCAGAUGUGCCGCCGUCUGGAGGCAGAGACGGAACUGUUAAAGGAAAUGCGGCGCACCGAGGUCCUCCGUGAGAAACUGCUCGCUCGAAGGUGCGAGGCUCUCGGGGUGGAGACGGUGCCUGUUGGGGCCGACUGCCGUACGGGGAGGCGGCGUCGAAUGUCUUUUGAAGAAUCGAAAGAAUAAAGAGGUCCCACCACACACGACUCCGUCGUGUGCAGUUGUCAAACUGU